CUCCAAAAGAGAGAGUUGUGCAGAGGAACAUUCGGCAUUCAUCUCUGUUUCAUUCCAUAUGAACUUACUUUAGUCAAGUUUUCAUUUUGUUUUUGUACUGAAUAUAUCAAGUAUUUCUGUAUAAGGAAUUCUUGAUAUCGUUACGGCUUGAGAAAACUGAACAUUGUGGAAAGAUGUAUCGCCCAUCCCAGUUUAUAGGAUAUUAUCCUGAGGCAAAGAAGUAUUCUCUAUUUUCUUCUAGAGGUUGGUGGUUAAAUAGAUGGCCUUUCCUUGGUUGGUUAGAAACAGUACUCAAGUUAUAUGGAUUUCUGUGUGCGUAUUAUGUACCUGAAAGAACCUCAUUAGCUCCCAAGUGGGAGAACGUCAGCUUCCUACUUUGGAGACGUAUAGAGCUGUUGACUUGUGGCAUUUGCACUUUAUUGGUUACUUUGGGCAUUGUGGACAGAAUAUUCUAUAGAGAAGUUGUUUCUAUAAUAUUUAUUGUGUUGAAUAACUGGGCUCACUGGACCGUGUUCCUGGCUCUUUAUAAAGGUCACUAUGACCGUAAGAGUUUAUUGUAUUUUUUGGCCUUUAUGACUCUCGGAGAUAUUGUAAAACUGAUAUUUUUCAAAGUUCAUGACUUUAACAUCGGAAGCGUGGCAAAGGCGGUCCUAUAUUACUUGACUUCUUUGUUUGUUAUCUCGUAUUUGUUAAUAAUAUUCUUGGAACUAUAUUUCAACAGCGUUGUCUCUGUAGGAAAACACAAGUAAAGAGAAAAAAAAGAAUAGAAAAAGCUUCAACAAGGGAUAAUAAAAAACACUUGUGGAUU